GCCUGUGCCUGCCUGUAUCUUUAGACCACUACCUUACAAAUGAGCAUGCUGCGUCCCUGAGAGAGCUGCUGAUUCUGGGCGGUGCAAAGUGGAGUAUAUCACAUCUGAGUGCAGCAGAGCUCAGAGAGGCAGGCACAUCCGCCACCGUAGGGAUCAAAUCUGUACCAUCUGACGCUUAAGGAUUUAUGGGUUUAGUCAAAAUUGCUUUUCCCUCUGUGGAGAUUAAGCACCGUAGGAUGUUUUCCACUCAGGCCGGAGAAUAGCCCAGUUUAGUUGCAGCUGCUGUUACAGUUUUUCUCCUUCUUAUCAGCUCGGUGCUGAAGGAGGGAAUGUCUCAGGAGGAUAGAGUGCCCCAAACCCUGGCGGGGAGUAGAUUCUGACUGACAGGAGAGGCGCGUCCUCUGGGGAAUGUAAGCCAUGCAAGUGGAUGCCGUCCUUGUUUUCUUCUGUGUUUGGCUCGCGGGCACAGCUGGAAAGAUGGUUCAGUCAAGAGGUCACAAGCUGGAAACUUACAAACAAAGCAGGCUACGAAGAGACACCAGAAUGGAAGGAGGUGGUGGUCACAAAUCUGGCAGUCCCAUUUACAAGAGAAGCCCUGACCUGACCAAAUCGCCAAUGACAAAAUCUGAGCAGCUCCUUAGGAUAGACGACCACGAUUUCACCAUGAGACCAGCGUUUGGAGGUCCUCCAAUUCCUGUUGGGGUUGAUGUUCAGGUUGAAAGUCUGGACACUAUUUCUGAGGUUGAUAUGGACUUCACCAUGACACUGUACCUGCGCCACUACUGGAAGGACGAGCGGCUGUCGUUUCCAAGCACCAACAACCAGAGCAUGACCUUCGACAGUCGCCUGGUGAAGAAAAUUUGGGUUCCCGACAUGUUCUUUGUCCACUCUAAGCGCUCUUUCAUCCAUGACACAACCACAGACAACGUCAUGCUGAGGGUUUACCCUGAUGGAAACGUCCUCUACAGUCUCAGAGUCACGGUCACUGCCAUGUGCAACAUGGACCUCAGCCGCUUCCCUCUGGACACGCAGACCUGCUCGCUGGAGAUCGAGAGCUAUGCGUACACGGAUGAUGACUUGAUGCUCUACUGGAAAAAAGGCAACGAAUCGCUGAACACAGAUGACAGAAUCUCUCUGUCUCAGUUCCUCAUUCAGAAAUUUCACACAACCACAAAGCUGGCUUUUUACAGCAGCACAGGCUGGUAUAACCGUUUGUACAUCCACUUCACCCUGCGGCGCCAUAUAUUCUUCUUCCUGCUGCAGACCUACUUCCCUGCUACUUUAAUGGUCAUGCUGUCCUGGGUGUCCUUCUGGAUCGACCGCAGAGCUGUCCCUGCCAGGGUGCCACUAGGCAUCACCACAGUGCUAACCAUGUCCACCAUCAUCACUGGGGUCAACGCCUCCAUGCCUCGGGUUUCCUACAUUAAAGCGGUGGACAUUUACCUUUGGGUCAGCUUUGUCUUUGUCUUCCUCUCGGUCAUCGAGUACGCGGCAGUGAACUACCUCUCAACGGUGCAGGAGAGGAAAGAGAGGAAGCUGAGGGAAAGACUGCCGUGCACGUGUGGCAUCGGAAACCCAGACGAGAUGAUGAUUGACCCUCAGAUCACCGGAUAUGGGUCCAUGGAUGUGAACACCACCGGAAACUAUGGGAUGCCAGAAAACGGUGGCCGCCAGGAGCAAAUUCUGGCUCAGGUGGCUCUGAAUGACCCACAGAUUGCAAACCGAGUAAAGCCCUCCAGAGGUUACGUUAACAUCUGGAUAGACACUCAUGCGAUUGACAAGUACUCAAGGGUGGUCUUUCCUGGAGCUUACAUCCUUUUCAACAUCAUCUACUGGUCCAUAUACUCGUAAGACGAGACGCGGGAAUCCAUGUGAUUAACGAGAUCGUGGCAAAUGUGUGCAACAGCAGAACCUCAGCGUUGCUUUUGCUUUCUAGAAACUGCUCUAAGAAAGCAUGUGGCUCUUUAGCAGAUGGCUAUCCAUUGCCUUGUUGACCCGGCUACUUAAAGCAGUUAAAAAACAGAAAAUGGGACAGUUGUAGUCAAUGUGUUCACCAUUCCAUUUAUGCUUUUUUUCCAUUCACAUUGUAACUAAAGAAAAAAUGAUUGCACGUAUCAGCAAUGUACAAACACGGACAUAGGAAGUUCGAAGGUUAAACUUUAAUCUCCGCCCAUAUUUACAGCUGAAGAUGUGAAUGAACCUCUGUCCAAGCGAACUGUACAUGACAAUCAGCAAAACACUUGUCUGUGGGGAAUGUUGUCACAUUGUGAUGUUGUCUUCUUUGUUCUAAUCAGCACCUCUAAUCCAGUACCAUGCGCAUUUUACACUGAGUUUACUUGGAAAUAAAUCUACAUGCCAGCAUCUUGACCAUGAACCUAAUAUCAAACUAUACAUCCUCUGGGUUGCUCCCUACAAAGACUAUCCAGCCCUAACAUACAGGUCACAUGGUGAAACUUUUUAGGCCUGUGCCAUCUAACUAUCCAUCCAUCCAAUUUCUGAGCUUGGUUCAUUCCUUUUGGUGUCACUGGGCUGCUGUAGCCUAUCCCAGCUACUGUUGGGUGAAGUUGGGACCUGGACAGGUUACUGCGGGGCCACACGCUCACAUACACAUCGAGGAACAAUGUAGAUUCACCAAUUAACCUAUGAAGCAUGUUUUUGGACUGUGGGAUGAAACCAGAGUUCCCGGAGAAAUCUCAAACAUGCUCAGGGAGAACAUGCAAACUCCACCCAGCUGGAACUUGAACCAAGGUUUCCUUGCUGUGGGGCAAGACUGUGCAGACCCUCUACUGUUUAUUUAAAAUGUUCUGUAAUGUGCUUAGAGUUUUAAGGAAACAUUUUUGACAUAAUUUUCUCAAAAUACAGGGAAGUAUUUUUCAAACUAGUCUUCUUGAUUCUUGGAGAUGGUUUUGGGAGGGGGUAUUCCACUCAGCAACCCCCCCCCACACACACACACACACACACACACAUACCUUUGGUUGUGCUCCUUUUGCCACAAAUAUCACAGGUUUGUGAUGCUUUCUUGUGAGACAAACGAAACAUGCUGCCAUAUUUAAUGGUAGGGUGUGGGUCAUUGACUGUACUGUAUAUGACUACUGGUCUUAGUGUGUGUGACAUCACCCAUAGAGAAUGAUUUACUUCUGGCUCCAACGAAAUGAAGUCAAUUCAAUCAGUCUGAGUCAUGGUAGCCACUCUCACCAAUAAGGAGUGAGUUUAUUGGAAGUCCACACCCCUACCACUUGAAAGUGGGGUUGGAAGAAUCUGUCAAUCAAACGUUUCAAACGUUCAACACAAGAGCACGUGGUUUUUUGAGGCACUUGGUUGGUCAGUUUAUAACUUGAAUAACUUCCGAUGAACAAAAAAAACAUGAAAAAAAUUUGGAUUUGCAAAACAAGUUUAAAAAAAAGGUUUUUGAGCAAUAAUGGUUACUCUGACAAAUACAAUGACUGCGUUUUUUCUAUAGAAGUCAAUGGGAUUUUGACUUAUUGGAGACAGCAGGUACCUCCAGAACAUGUCACUAGUAAAGUCAUGGUGUGAUUGGUUAAGACUUUGAGCUGUUUGUCAUUUACGAUUUUUGAAUGCUGUAAAAAAAAAAAAAAAA